AUGUCUUUAAAUGGAACAACGGUCAAAGACAUUGAAUUACCAAUGCACGAUACCACUCUUUCAACUGGUCAAAAUGUUCCGAAUGCUUCAAAUCCAUUGAACCGUGCUGAUGAAGUAGAAGAUUUACUCAAAGCCGUCCAAUCUCUCAUCAUCCCCUUCAUCAAAUCAGCCGAUGAAGAUGCCAAUACCAAACACACCGGUCACGGAAAAUCCAUUCCAGGUGGAGGUCCCCGAACCACCCUUCUCGAACAUCACAAACCCGAAAAGUUACUUCAACUUCUAGAUUUCAACCUUCCCACCAAUGGAAAGGGGAAAGAUGGUUUAUUGAUAACCGUUGAGCAAGUGCUUAAAUAUAGUGUCAAUACGUGGGAUCAAGGAUUCCUAGAUAAACUCUAUUCGAGCACAAAUGCGGUAGGAAUUAUCUCCGAAUUGAUAUUGGCCGUUUUGAAUACAAAUCUUCACGUCUAUCAAGUAUCUCCAGCUUUAUCUAUCAUUGAGAAAACUACCGCAAAAGUUUUCGCCAAUCUUUUUGGUUUCAAUGGACCUCAUGCAGGAGGAAUCUCUACUCAAGGUGGCUCAGCCUCAAAUACAACCUCCAUGAUAAUUGCACGAAACAUUCUCUUUCCCGAAACAAAACAAGAAGGAAAUGGCAGUCAUCAAUUCGUUCUCUUCACUUCCGCUCACGGUCAUUAUUCUCUCGAAAAAGCAGCUCAAAUGUGUGGUCUCGGAUCCAAUAACGUGAUUCCCGUCCCAGUCGACGGUGAAGGCCGAAUGAUCCCAUCCGAACUCGACAAGCUCAUCAAAAAGAGCAUCUCGGAAAACAAAACCCCUUUUUACGUAAACGCCACAGCGGGAACCACCAUCUACGGUUCAUACGACCCAUUCACCGAGAUCUCAAAAGUGUGUAAAUCCCACAAUCUCUGGCUCCACAUUGAUGCCUCAUGGGGUGGUCCCGCUAUCUUCUCCCCUACCCACAAAUCCAAACUAGAAGGAUCUCACCUCGCCGACUCCCUCGCCGUAAAUCCCCAUAAAAUGAUGAAUGUCCCGCUAACCUGUUCCUUCCUCCUCGGUCCCGACCUCUCCCAAUUCCACAAAGCAAACACCCUACCCGCAGACUACCUCUUCCACAGCAUCGAAACGGGGUCAGAAGUAUGGGAUCUCGCCGACCUCACUCUCCAAUGUGGUCGUCGCGGCGAUUCCCUCAAAUUAGCUCUAUCAUGGAUCUACUACGGCACAAACGGUUUCCAAUCCCAAAUCGACCAUGCUUUUUCCACCGCGUCAUAUUUCUCUCAACUCGUCUCUGAGAAUAAAAAUUUAGUUCUCGUUUCUUCAAAUCCACCCCCCUGUUUACAAAUUUGUUUUUACUAUGCUAGAGAUUGGAAAUUGGGAAAUAAAGAUGACAAUACGAGAAUUACGCAGGAAAUAGCAGACGAGAAGAGAGACGAUGGAUGGGUUGAUGAAGGCGAUUGUGGAGAUUGGUGA